AUGGGGAGAUUAAUCAGUGAGGAAAGUGGGAUUGGAGCAACACGAGACCUGGGGAAAUAUCUCGGCAUGCCGGUUCUUCAGAGACGCAUAAACAAAGAUACUUUCGGGGAGGUAUUGGAAAAAGUAACAUCACGACUCGCUGGGUGGAAGAGUCAAAUGCUUAGCCUUGCCGGCCGUAUUACACUCAGGAGAUCGAUGUUAUCGUCUAUACCAGUCCACACCAUGAGUACUAUUGUGCUACCUCAUUCGACUGUGGCUCGUUUGGAAAGAAACGCUAGAUCCUUCCUGUGGGGAGAUACAGUGGAACAUAGGAAGCAACAUUUGGUGGCAUGGGAGAAAGUCUGUACCCCAAAGAGCAAAGGAGGUCUUGGGAUAAGGAGAAUACAGGAAAUGAACACAGCUCUUCUUGCAAAGUUGGGAUGGCGGCUAAUCCACGAUGAAACCUCGCUUUGGGCCCGAGUAUUGCGCAGCAAAUAUAAGGUGGUAGAUGUUCGAGAUGAAGCCUGGUUCACGAGAAAAGGUAACUUCUCAUCAACAUGGCGUAGUAUAUUAAAAGGAAUGCGUGAGGUUGUGAUCCCGGGAAUCAGUUGGGUGAUCGGUGAUGGCACAAGUGUCCGUUUUUGGAAAGAUAGGUGGCUCUCACAGACACCGAUGAUAGAGGAAGUGAUAACAACGCCAACUGCAGAACUCAUGCUUGACGAGUUUACCGGCGCGAGAGAUAGACCAUCGUGGGGUCAAAACGAGAACGGAGAAUUCACAGUGAAAUCGGCUUAUAGCAUCCUCACUCGGGAUAUGAGACCGAAACCGAAUAUGCAGACCUUAUUCACAGGAAUCUGGAGAGCGGUGGUGCCAGAACGGACGCGGGUUUUUCUUUGGCUGGUGGCAAACCAUUCCAUCAUGACAAAUCUGGAGAGAAGGAGAAGACACAUCACUGACACGAGCCUCUAUCAAGUGUGUAAAGGAGGAGAGGAGUCCACUAUGCAUAUCCUUCGGGACUGCCCGGCAAUGGCAGGUAUAUGGACUAGAAUUGUGCCCGUUAGCAAACAAAGAGAGUUCUUUACUGCUCCGAUCCUCAACUGGCUACAUGACAACAUUGGGAAUAAUACUGAUAUGGGAGGGCACACUUGGUCAACUCUGUUUGCGAUAUCCACAUGGUGGGGAUGGAAGUGGCGGUGCUGGAACGUGUUCGGAAAUAGUGGCAAGUGCAAGGACCGCGUGAAGUUUUUGAAGAAUCUCGCCACGGAGGUGUUCUCGGCACAUGUGAAGCUCCGACAACAAACGAGUACAUGCGUCCGAGAGGAGAGACAUAUAGCGUGGACUAAACCAGAGAAUGGAUGGUGGAAAAUGAACACAGAUGGAGCCUCACGGGGAAACCCAGGGCUAGCGGCUGCAGGAGGCAUCCUGAGAGACGAUCGUGGAGCGUGGGUGUGUGGGUUUGGCCUCAACAUUGGAGUGUGUUCUGCUCCGCUAGCAGAGUUAUGGGGGGUUUACUACGGCCUCUAUACAGCUUAG